UUAAAUACACUUUAUUAAUGUGAGAAUGACAAUCAUGUGAUGUUUCACUUUUUCAGUCAUGUAGUAAUAAGGAGGUCUGUCACAUCAAAGAGACGGCAUUUCUUUCCCAAGCAUAAAUGUCAGCUUUUAAUAUUUUGGCUCGCCUUCAUAGAAUUUGGUAACUGACCAAAGCUAAGUCCUUCCCUUGAUGUUUGUAGGGCUUCAGUCAAUAUACAAAAUCUUCUUAGGCACCCUCCUUAACCAAAGCAACAAACCAAUGAACAGUUUGGAGGGUAAAGUCAGAAUAACGCUGCCUGCUUGCAUUGAGGGCCGUCUUCAAAAGGGUAAACACCAAGGUCCCACUUCUGGGAACAUUCCAAAAGAUGUGAAAGAGUUGAAAGAUCCCUACAAAAUCAGUGUAUAGUCAGUGAGUUGACGAAUUACGGAAUAGAUGAAUUUUCAUUGAGCAUAGAGAAAUAUUUGCAAUCUGUUCCUCCAAAUGUUUACAGACUGAUGUGCAAUAAAAACUGUGAAUUAAAAGUGUUUUGGAGUUGAGCUUAAGUAUUGACCUCAUUUAUAAUAUAAUUUACUCAACCCAGUUUUGUUUCUACAUAGUAAUCAUGAAGCUUGAGCGGAGAAAGAAACAAAAUCAACACAAUGCUGGAGGUAAUAAAAGUCUUCUUAAUAAGCAUGAGCAAAAAUACAACAAAAUUAAAAAAGCUUGUGUAAAAAACAUGCAAUACCUUGAAAAUGGUUUCAUGAAAUACCCUUUAACACAAGAUCAGUUUUACUUGAAUUUACAAACAGAUUUUUUGGUCAACAUGGCUCGAAAUAAACAUGAUGAAGACGUAUAUCGCCUUCGCGAGAGAAAAAAAAGUUCUUGUGCAACAGGGAGCUGUUCCCAAUAUGAUAAUUAUCUAACACUCAGACCUGAUUUCCCUUCUGAAAAUGAUAUAAGAAGCAGAAGAAGCUUUUAUAAUCUUUCAUCAAGAAAGGGUUACGUAAGCACACCAGCCAAUCCUGAUGUCGAUGUUUUAUAUGAAUCAAGAUCAGAUCCAUACAAAAGAAGAAGUGGAAAAAAUACAAGACAAAGUAGUUAUGAAGAAUUAGACUGGAAUUCAAAAAGUGAACUUAUUCCACUAGUGAAUUCGAGAGAGAUGGGUGCUGACUCCCAUUUUAUUCAAUCUAGGCUGAUGUUACGAAAAACCAAAACUGACAAGCACCCAAGUAGAAAAGUAGAGCAGAAAAAAUAUGAAUAUUAUGGUCCAAAAGAAAAUGAAUGUAGAAUACCAAGGAAUUCUUCAUUUGACAGUACGGAAAUAUCUAUAAAGAAUAGAAAUCAACAUGAGGAUGAAAAUGAUGAGAAGAAUUGGAAUGGACCUUUAGAUUUACCAGUAAAGACAAAAACUCCCAAAUUGUCUAACAGAAGGAGUUCUCCAUCAGGAAAUGACAAAAACUAUUUUGCAAAAUAUACUGAGUUCGUUAUGAUGAAAAAAAGACAGCAAUCCAUUAGUCCCAACAAAAUGAAAAAUGUGUCAUGCAGCACUGAGUCUUUCCCAAAGAAUGUUUCAAGCAAGAAAAACAAAAGGCAGGAUUUACUGAUGGAAAUGAGUAAUAAUAAUAAAACAGAAUUAAAAGAUGUAAAUCGUCAAAAUAAUUUACAUCACAAAAUUAACCCAACAAAAAAACCAUUGAAAACUUCAAAAAAUGAAAGGGAAAGGGAAGCUUAUUAUGAAAAUCAUAAUUAUCAUAGAAGGAAACAUUCUGAAAAAUAUGAUUCAGACUUGAAACAUCGAAAAUUGCAUUCUUCCUCAAAAUCUCAUGGCACGCCUGAAAAAUAUCAUUCAGAUUUGAAACAUCGAAAAUUGCAUUCUUCCCCAAAAUCUCAUGGCACGCCUGAAAAAUAUGAUUCAGAUUUGAAACAUCGAAAAUUGCAUUCUUCCCGAAAAUCUCAAGGCACGCCUGAAAAAUAUGAUUCAGAUUUGAAACAUCGAAAAUUGCAUUCUUCCCGAAAAUCUCAAGGCACGCCUGAAAAAUAUGAUUCAGAUUUGAAACAUCGAAAAUUGCAUUCUUCCCCAAAAUCUCAAGGCACGCCAAAUUAUGUUCAUUCUAAAAGUUAUUCCAAGGAAACAGAAAGCCCAGAUUUAAGUGAUUAUUCAAAAAGCAGGUAUCCAUCAAAUUCAAAACAUAAAGAUUAUAUAAAUAAACGGAUGUCAAUAUUGAAAGAUUUGGAGGAAAAUGCAUCUCAUAGAAAAGAUACUAUAGCUUCAUCAAUGAAAUACACUAAAAAAUAUACUAAAUCUUAUGAUUUAAGAGAUGAAAUGAAGCCAAUAAAUGAUUUUUAUGCACCACCAGAUCUACGUUCAAUAUCAGAAGUGGUUCAAGCUAAAAAAAACUAUAGGCCUUAUGAAUCUGCUCAUUUCUUAAAUGAAAACAUAAAUGUUAAAGAGGAAAGAGAAAAAAUGGGUUCUAGUUCUAGGAAACAAGAAAGACAAUCUACAAGCAGAACCCCAGAAAGGAAACCACGCCAAUCUACUUAUUUUAAUUCAAAUGUAAAGAUAGAUAACAAUGCAGGUAAAAUGAGAAAACUAGAUGUUUCAAGUGAUUGUGGUGUGGCAUGCGAUGAUAAGGAAACGGACAAAUACCACAACAUAGGAUUGAAAUAUGGUAGGCAAAGUGUUGACCCAGCAUUGUUAAGGAAAAAAAGAGACCACCACCGAAGGGGUUAUUUGGAUAUAAAGGGCCAACCAACUUCAAAGACUUCUUCUAAAAAAAAAGGAUUAUCUGCACCAAAAGAAAGAGUUUCUUUUAAAGAUGAGAAUUUAGAUUUCAGGUAUGAUCAAAGAAACAAUAAUGACUACACUCCACUUUCUCCAUCUUCUGUUGCAAGACGCCCCUGCAUUAAAAAUUACACAAAUCCUGUCGGCUCAGAAACAUGUACAGAAUGUAUAAAUAGUAAAAAGAAAAGUGCUGUUAAUAAUGCAAAAGAUUUAUCUAUUUGUCCAAUUGACCGUAAAUACACAACCAAUGAAGCAGCUAUAGUUGAAACACAACUUACUGGAGUUCCCUACCUCAAAAAACAAACAGGUCCAAAUAAUGUAAGCACUCCAAAACCAAAGCAGCUCUUUAAUGACAAGGGCUUGAAGAAAACAAAAUCUGAGGAUUUGUCAAAGAAUUUUUGCCAUAAAACUGUUUUGGAAAAAUACCCCGAUGAUGCAGAACAUUUGAGAGAUUACAGUGAAGAAUUUGCAAAACAACCAUUUAGAUCUACACAAUUUAACCCUGGUGGACAUGAUCCACCACCUCUCAAGCCUACAUUUUAUCCAAAAACAAGAUAUAAGCCAUAUGAUUAUUCAGGAAAUCUAUUGCCUGAUGAUAAAAGACCAAACGAUGCCCGAAAAUUGUCUCCUACUGUGUACGUAAAACGACAGAAGAGGGAAUUAAGCUAUAAAAGCACGAUUGGGGAGAAUUUUUUUAAACACAAUAGAAGUAAAUAUAUUGACAUUACACAACCCAAAGAACCGUCAAAUGAAAAUGUGAAAACAGAACUGAGUACCUUUAAAAGUGAAGUUCCAAUAGUUAACACCAAAACUCAGAUAGUAAAAAACAAAUAUCAACAAUUCCAUAAGACAAAUGAAAAACAUGACAAAACACCUCCAUACGAGAACAAUUAUAAUGUCAAUCUUAGUGCACAAAAAAAUUUGUCUUUUGCAACGAUCAAUGAGAAAUUUAGAAACAGUGACUACACCGAAAGCAGAGACCGGAAAUAUGAUGAAAAAUUGCAAAAGUCAAGGAGUGGAUUUGUUUCUCGUCCAAAUUCUCUCCCAUCUACAGAGUACUCAUCUGAUGGACGUACAAGAGAAAUGAAAGAACCAGAUAAUGAUGUAAUUUCAACCAUCCUUGGCCCCUCUGGCAAACAGGACAGUUUUAUAACAUCAAGACUUGCUGUUGACAGGUAUAGACAUAAUUUAGCUAAAGGCAAUAAAUAUGAGAUUGUCUACCUAAAAGAAAAACCUCCUGAUACACCGACUAAUGAAGUGCCUAAUGAGAAAAAAAAAUUAAACAAAGAAUAUUUUGAACCAAACAACAGAGAAAUUCACCAAGAGGGGUUUUACAAUAAAUCUUACUCUGAAGAACAGCCUUUAGACAAAAAAGAGGUAUUGCCAAAUGAGAGUAGCCAUAUAUUUAAUAAACAAAGAAAUUUGAAUGAUUCACUAGAAACAAGUCCUAAUCAACCGAAAGAAGAUUAUAAUGCCUAUCACCACUCAAAUAACAAUAAGCAACAUGAUUCAUCAAAUAAAACUGCUACAAAUCCAUCCAAAUUAGAGAGCCCAGGACCAAGUACAGAUUGGAGAAUGCAACCAAAACUUCCUUCUAGUGAUUUCAAAAUGUAUAAUAUAAAUCCGAAUGAAGUUGAAGUAGCGCCUGAUGAAAAACUUCUACCAAACAUGAUUGGUCAUGCUGCUAUGCAUAAUUGGGAACAAGCAGAAUCUUACUUUUUUUCCAAUAAAAGAUCUAAACCUAUCGUUGGUAGUAAGGUAAAAAUGUCACCAUAUUUUAGAAAACCAAAGUUAAGAACCAAGUUUGAGGACUAUGAUGAUGAUGAAGAAGAAGGAGAGGAAGAAGGGAAAGAAGAAGGAGAAGAAGAUGAUUAUGAGGAUGAUGAUGAUGAUGACGAUGAUGGUGAUGGGGAAGGAGAAGGAACAAAAACAAAUAAUAGAAAGAAGAAAAAAACAAAAAAACAUAGGCAAUCGAUUCCCAUUAUUAUUACCGACCAUAGUGCACCAGUUCCAGCAAAAAGAUUUAAAAACCAAAGAAUUAAUCCGCAUAGUCGCUUUGAUGCUGGCUAUGACUUUUUGCAAACUGCUGAUAGCAACACGAGCAUAGAGACAGUGCAAUCUUACACAAAAAAACUAUGCACAUCUGCAGUGAAACCAAUUAAAAGAGAAAGUGCAAUAAAAAGAUUGGCAAAACGUCUGUUUUCAAUCAAACGAAAAGAAUCUCGAGAAAAAAUAACAAAUAUUCAAACCGAAAGUGGUACAACAGAAUCAUCAGAUGAAGAUUCACCAAAAUCAAUAGACGCUUCGUCCAAUAAACCCAAACCCAAAAGGAAGGUCUCAUUUAGUGUUCCUCUAUAUAUGUAAAUAUACAUUUUUU